AUGGCUCAGGGUCAUGCUCUUUCUCUUCUCACACGUGCUUACGCCGCAACAAAGAACGCUACCUACCUUGCUGUUGCCAGCAAGGCUCUCGAUUUAUUUGAGAAGGAUGCUUCCGCAGGUGGUGUCCGUAAUAAACUAUUCGGGAAUGACUGGUAUGAAGAAUAUCCUACAUCUCCGGGCAGCUAUGUUCUAAACGGGUUCAUUUAUUCACUGAUCGGAUUGUACGACUUCAAAAAUGUCAAACUUGGUGAUGAAGCACUGGAGCUGAAAGUUCGCCAUGGUGUCGAACGAGCUUCAAAGCUGUUCUCUACGGGUAUGGCUUCGCUUCGGGCUUUGCUACCUCUCUAUGACACUGGAAGUGGAUCAAUAUAUGAUCUCCGGCAUAUGGGAUUAUCAUGCCGUACACGUUAUUUGCUGAAGUGGCUUGUUCAAAUAACUGGUGAUAACACGCUGAACGAAACAGCAGAUCGAUGGAUAGCAUAUUCGUGGGGACGAAAAGCGAAGCACAACUGA